AUGGCCUCUGCUUUGUUCCAGCAAAAUCUCCGUAUCCAAAUUCAAGAUGACUUGAAGUUUGAUAUCCGGAUCGAAAAUGCGGACCUUGACAGCGGCCGCUUUUACAAUGAGGAUGACAAAAGUGAUAUCUUGACUUCUGACGAUGUCGACGACAUGGUUAUUCGCCAUAACGGCGGUAUACGGACGAUCUGCUCUAUGGACGAGUCAAAAGGAAGCAUCGAUCUUGUUGACGACGUAAAGGAUAAGAAGAUUUGCAGUCUAUCCUGGAAGGCCUCUAUGCAGCCCGGAGAGCCGAAUGAAUUCAAGAAACUCAACCAGGAUGCCAGCUAUAUGGUUGAAAUUGGCACGUGGAAUGAAUCUGGAACUAUGGGAGUGAUUCCUGUUACUAUUAAGGAACAAUCUUGA